AAUAAAUAAGAAUCAAGAAGCUGAGAUCUGGACGAAUAGGAAGAGGAAGGGGAGGCCAAGAACUGAGGAAGGAAAAGAUGAUGUCCGGAAAGUAUACGAGCAUCGACAAUCAACAAGUCUCGGGAUCCGUACCUGCUGUUACAGAUCCAGGCCAGACCACCGUUAAAUUCUCAGAUGCCAACCUUCAGACCUUUCCUCCAUCAGGAGCUAAGGGGAAGAUUUCUGUCGGUUCUCAACCUCCUCGUGAUGCUGAUGAUACAUUUUCAAGUCCUAAUGGUGGUUCUGAUGAACCACCUCAGGGAGGUGGUUGGCUUAGGACAUUCGCCAUUGCUACAUACAAACCAUACUUUGACGUUGAUACUUCAGAUGUAGUAGACAGGAUUAAGGAGUCACUAUUUCCUUUUAGAGGAAGCUUUACUGAAAAAACAGCUGAAAACCCGGAUUUGUAUGGACCAUUUUGGAUAUGCACUACCCUUAUAUUUGUAGCAGCCUCCAUUGGCACUUUUGUCACCUAUGUAGCACACAAGCUGCAGAAAAAAGAAUGGAAUUAUGACAUAAAUCUGGUAACAUGGUCAGCUGGUGUGUUCUAUGGUUAUGUCGCCAUAGUUCCUCUUGUAUUGUAUGUAAUUCUCAAAUACUUCUCAGCUCCAGCACGCCUUGUCCAGCUGUUUUGUCUCUAUGGCUACUCCCUAUUUGUCUUUAUUCCAGCAUUGUGUCUAUCCGUGGUGCCCUUAGAAAUUUUCAGGUGGGUAAUUGCCGGUGUAGCUGGGUUCAUGUCAGCAACUUUUGUGGCACUUAACCUCAAAGCCCAUAUUAACUCAGCUGGUGAAAGAUGGUUCUUGAUCGUAGUAGGCAUCUUUCUCUUGCAGCUGGCCCUGUCUGUCGUUCUCAAGCUUUAUUUAUUCACUGUUACAGUAUGAGAGUAAAGACAUUAGAACACCUUGUAGAUCACAGGGAAACAAGUUUUUUUGGUCCAUUAUCUUUUGUAUCAUCAGAGUCUUGUCCCAAGUAUAAUUCCGCAAAUAAAACCUCCUGUAUUCAUUCAUUUUGUGGUUAAAUAUCAAUUCAUUGUAUGAAAAUACAGAGGGUUAUAGGUAAUUGUCAUAGUUAUGGAUAUCAUUUAGAAAUAUGCAUUUAUCUUCAAGUGUUCAUUUCCUGACAUGCCAAGUACAUUAUAAAGAGUCAUCUAGAGA